AUGCCAGAGAAAAAAAAGGAUAUUUUUAUUUUUAAAAAAUGGUGUUACAUUAGUAAACAAAAAGACAAAAAAAAUGAACAAUGGAGAAACAGACUUCGAAAAUGGAAAUAUAUAUGUAGACAUAUUUACUUGGGGAAAUUAUGUUCCUUAAAAUUACGAUUAAAAAAAAAUGUCGAUUUAAAGAGGAGUAUAAAAAUUAUAAGGGAUAACAUAUAUAAUUUAAGAAUAAAAAAAAUAAGUGUGAGUGAUAGUGAUAAUAAUAUCCUUUACGUUGAUAAAAAAAUAACUUCUGAAGAUGAAAAUAUGAAUUCAUUAAAAAAUUCAGUUGAAAACAGAAAUGUUAUGUUAUUGUUUUCAAAGAAGUUAAAUGAUAAUUAUAUAAAAAAUAAAUAUUACGAUGAUAGAAUAUCCUCUACGAAUUCAACAUGCGCAUCAUCAAUAUGUUAUGAUGAAUAUGCAUACAAAAGUAGCAAUGUAAAAAACAGUGAUAAUGACAAUAAUAAUAGAAAUGUUAUGAGAAAACCGAAGAAAUCAUUUCCAAACACCAAUAAAAUAAAUAUUGAUUUCUUAAACCAAAUACACUGUAGUAGAAUAGUUGAAGCUCAUUCGUUAUUUACUUUUUUUUAUACAAAGUUAAAGCGUAAAGACAAAGAUUAUUAUAAAAAUAAAAUGAUGAUGCAUAAAAAAAAUGCUUUAUAUGUGAAUAAAUUAAAUAAAGAAAACAAUCCCGAACUUAAUAAUCAAUAUAUUCCUAAAAAUCAGGAACAAAUUUAUAAUGAUAUAAAAUGCAAAUCAACCAAAGCCACUCCACCUUAUAAAUGUUAUAGCAAUGAUAAUCAAAAUAAUGAAAACAAUUAUAAUAAUAUUAAUAAUAUUUAUGGUAGCCAUAAUGAAAAAUGUUCAUUAGAGAAAGAAGGGCAGAAGCACAACCUUAAUCAUUUUAAUAACAAUGCUGCUAUGGAAAAUUCUAAUAAACAAGAACAUGAAAAUAAAAAUGAUGAGGAAAAUGCUGAAAUGAAUGAGGAGCGAUUUUUAGACGAAUUUGAUGAUUUCGAUAUUAAUGAAGAGUUCAAGGAAAAAACAUAUUACACCGAUCGAUGUAUGUUGGACAGAAAUGGAAAAAGAGUUUCAAUAUUGGAUAAAUUAAAUAUAAAUUUUUAUGAUAAAAAAAAUGUCGCUAAUAAUGAAGAAUUAAACCCUAUAAAUUUAUCUAGUAAUAGGAAAGAGAAAAUAGGGAAAAAAUUAAGUCUAAAUUCCAAAAUGCUAAUUAAUGACCCCCCAACUGUUAAUAUAAAUGAGGAGGAAGCAGAUAUUAAUAUAAAUGAAGAUAAUGAAUAUAUUAAUAAUUUGAAAGAAGAUAAUCACAAAAUUGAUAUAAAUAUAGUAAAAAAUAGCGUGAUAAUUACAAAUAAUACAAGCAUUAAUAGUAAAAUGGCACAUUUGAAAAAAAAUAAUAAAAUGCAUCCCCCGAAAAAAUGUAUAAAUAAUAACAUCGUUAAGGAAGGAAUUAAAAUGAAUUGUGAUAGAGGAAAAAUAGAUGAUCGCAUUGUGGAUAAUAAGAUAAAUAAAAAAAAAAUUUGCAAAAUAAAUUAUGAUAUGAAUAAACAAAUGAGUCAUGAUACAAGCAGUAAAAUAAAGUAUAAUAUGAAUAGGCAGCCUGGACAUAAUGUGAAUAACCCGAUGGAAUACAAUAUGAACAAUCCGAUGGGAUAUAGCAUGAAUAAUCUAAUGGGAUACAAUAUGAACAAUCCGAUGGGAUAUAGCAUGAAUAAUAUAAUGGGAUACAAUAUGAAUAAUCCGAUGGAAUACAAUACGAAUAAUCUGAUGGAAUACAAUAUGAAUAAUCCGAUGGAAUACAAUAUGAACAAUCAGAUGGAAUACAAUAUGAAUAAUCCGAUGGAACAUAACAUGAGUAAUAAAAUUGAUCUUAUUAAUAAUUAUACGGGGAAUAUGAAUAGCGGCAGCUUUAACGUUCCUAUGGUGAAUCCAUUAUGGAGUGAAAAUGAGCACAUAAUGCACAGUACCAUUCAAGGUAGCCUCUAUAACAUGAACAACAACAUGGAUAAUGUGAAUCGAAUAAGACAAGGGAAUAACCAGAUUGUUCCAUAUAAUCGAAAUGAGGAAAAAAGUGUAAAAAUGAAUAAUAAAAAUUUAUUAUUAUAUAAUAAUGAUAAUAUAAAAUAUGACAAAGAUUUUACGUUAAAUUAUAUUCUUCAGAAAUACGAGGAUGAUGACCAUUUUUUUUCAAACAAUAAUAGUAAUUAUGAAGAAAAUAUAGAUGACAAAAAAACUGAAUUAGAAAAAUACACAGAAGGAAUGAAUAAAUUAGUAGAACAAAUGUAUUUUUAUGAUAAUUAUCAUGAAGAAUUAAAAAUUUGCGAAAAAGAUGAGAUUACAUCUAGUAAUACUUACAAUAUUAUUGAUACUUCUUUAAAUUUAAAUGUGGUUGAUGAAAAUGAUGAAGAAGGCAAAGAAAAUAAAGAAAUAAUUUCUCAAAUGAAACUAAAAAUAAUUAAUUUAGAAGAAAAAUUAGAGGAAUUAAAAAAUAAAAAAAACGAACCUGAAAGUAAUUUAAAGGAAUUAAAUGAUAAAAAACGGUGUGUAGAGUCACAAAAUAAUAAAAUAAUAAAUGAAUUAAAAAAGGAAAUCGAAAACAUUAAAAAAAAACGACGAAAAAAAAAGCAAAAAAAAAAAAAAGGGCGAGAAAAGAAGAAGCAAGCAGAAGAGAAUAAAGAACAAAAAGGCGUAAACGAGGGCAAAAAUAAUGAGGAAAUACAAGAACCAGAGAAAAACGAAAAUGAAGAGAUCAAAAAUUUUAACAUAGACAAUAUCAUAGACACUGAUAAUUUAAAUAAUUUAAAAAAUGAAAUAAUGAAUAAUGUUUACUAUUAUAUAUACGAAUCAUAUGAUCAAAAAGAUUAUGACAUUUUAGAAAACUUAGCAAAAAAACAUGAAAUAAAAGGAAGAAAAAUAUGCUAUAAUGUAAAUUUGCCAAAAUAUGACUUUAAAAAUAAAAGGACAUCAAGUCUUUGGUUUUUAAAUCCAGCAUAUGAAAAUUAUGUUCUUGAAAAAAAAAAAACCCAAAAAAUCGGCAACUUAUCUUCUGCAUCCUAUGAAAAAUUAGAAUUUUUAUUUAAUUCAAAUGAUAUGAUAAAAUUUAGUGAAAAUGACGGUGAAAAUAAAAGUGUGAUGAAUUCUGAUAUUAGAGACAGUGAAUUUUCGUAUGAAACUUUUAUAAGUGAGAAAAAAAAAAAAUUAAAAAAAAAUAAGAUCAAUUUAAUAAAAAUGAAAAAUAGUUUAACACUACAAGGAAAGAGUGAAAAUAAUAUUUUAAACAAAAAUUCAAUGAAUAACAUAAAUAAAUACGCAUUAGAAGAUGCAAAUAAACAGGUGAUAAAAAAGGAAGAAGAUCCGCCUCAGGUGGAGGAAGUAAACCAAGAGGGAACAUAUAUGGUAAACGAUUUAUUAGAUACUAUAAAUAACUAUGUUCCGGAUAAAUCUAUAUUUGACAUUUUUAGUGCACCACUUAACGAUGUUAAAGGAAAAGAGGAAAUAGAACCAGGUGAAAUGAAUGAAAACGAAAAAGGAAACGAUGAGAAAAAAGUGGUAAAUAAUGAAAAAGACGUCGAUGAUAUAUUUAAAGAAGUAGAAGCUAAAAUGAAUAAUAAAAUUAUGAAAGAAAUCGAAGAAAAAAAAAGAGAAAGGGAGUUGUUAGAUCUAGAGAUAGAAAACAAAAAAAAAAAAAAAGAGUUAGAAGAAUUAGAACUACAAUUAAUGGAAAAUAAAAGAAAAAGCUUGUUGGCAAGUAAAAAUAUUAAUGAAAUCGAAACCGAAAUGAAAUUGAAUAAAAAGAAAAAGGGUGAAGAAAAUAAAGAGGACGAUAUAAAAAUCGAUAAGGAGCCAUAUGAAAAAGAAAAUGAAAUUGUUGUUUUGAAUAAAAAGGAGAAUAAAGUUGAUGAAGAAGAACCAAAUGAACAAAUCGUGGAAGAAAAUAAAAAUGAGAAAAAUGAACAGGUGGAAAUAGAAAAUAAUAGAAAGCCUAGUGAUGUAAGCAUUGCAAAUGAUCUUCUGAAUGAUUAUGUAAAAAAUCAAAAAAAGAAAGAAAGAAAAAAAAAUAAUUGGGCAUUAUAUGGUAGACCUAAAGUAAAUAAAGAACGAAAUAGAAUAUUGAAACGGUUGUCUUCAUCAAAAAGCGAUGGUGGAUUUAACGAUUAUACAUAUAUGGCUGAGAGAUUUUUUGAAAUUGUUACAGGAUAUACUAGCGAUCAAGACAUAGCAUAUGAUGAUAAUAAAGAAAAGGAUGAUGCAAAUAAUGAAAAUGAAAGAAAUGAAGAACGAAAAAAAAAAAUAUUUAAUAUUAGAAUAAGAAUGAAGGAAAAUGUUUAUAAAAAUGACGCAUUUUAUAAAUUAGGAAGGCCAAAAUAUACAAAAAAUAAUAUUUAUCAUAGAUCUAAAUCAAUUAUUCACAAUACUAUAUUAAAAAAAAAUAGUAUAAAAAACAAAAAAGGGAAAAAUUUACUUUUGAGAAGGUCUAAAUCUAAAAAUAAGAUUUCCAAAUGUUGUCAUCCUAAUACCGAACUUAUAGAAAAGGCUAAAAUAAAGUUAAAGGAAAAAUUAAAGGAAAAUGAAAUAGAGAAUAAUUCGUUUUUUAAUAAUUUAAUUAGUAAAAAUAUUGAUAAUAUAAAGCAAAUAAAUAUUGCAAAUGAAUUAAUAAAAGGCAUAAAUGUGGGUACCUAUUUACCCGAUGAUAAUAAAAAGGAAAAUUUCGAUUUGAUAUAUAAAAGAAAACUAAUAUAUGAGGAUUUAAAAAAAACAAAUGUUGAUUUAAAUUUGGAAGAACCCAAAAAAUUAAAUAAUGAAAAAAGAUAUUAUCUAAAAGAUUUGAAUAAAGGAAGAGAACAGACAACUAGACUAUGGGAGUAUAAGGAAGAAGUUGCAGAGAAAGUGAAAAAUGGCGAAGUAGAGAGGAUAAUGAGGCUGAAAGAAGAGAAAGAAAAGAUGUUAGAAGAAGAAAGAAGGAUACAGGAAGAAAGAAAAUUAGAGGAAAUGAAAAUGUUAGAAGAAAUGAUGAGGAUAGAAGAAGAAAGAAGGAUACAAGAAAAAAGGAUAGAAGAAAUUAAGAAAUUAGAAGAGGAAAAAAGACUAGAGGAAAUGAAGAGAUUAGAAGAGGAAAAAAGACUAGAGGAAAUGAAGAGAUUAGAAGAGGAAAAAAGACUAGAGGAAAUGAAGAGAUUAGAAGAGGAAAAAAGACUAGAGGAAAUGAAGAGAUUAGAAGAGGAAAAAAGACUAGAGGAAAUGAAGAGAUUAGAAGAGGAAAAAAGACUAGAGGAAAUGAAGAGAUUAGAAGAGGAAAAAAGACUAGAGGAAAUGAAGAGAUUAGAAGAGGAAAAAAGACUAGAGGAAAUGAAGAGAUUAGAAGAGGAAAAAAGACUAGAGGAAAUGAAGAGAUUAGAAGAGGAAAAAAGACUAGAGGAAAUGAAGAGAUUAGAAGAGGAAAAAAGACUAGAGGAAAUGAAGAGAUUAGAAGAGGAGGAAAAAUCUAGAAUGGAUGAAUGGAAAAAACGCCAAAAUAAAAUAGAGCAAUUAAAAAGAUAUGAAGAAGCAAAAAAAUUAAAAGAACUAAAAAUGAUACAAUCUGCAAAAGGAUUAAUGGAACUAAGCAUUCUUCAAGGCACAAAAAAUUUAGAAAAUAAAAUGAAAAUAGAAAAAGAUGUGGAAAAUAACAAUGAAAUCAAUAAGAUAGAAGACGAAAGUGGUGUAGGAGAAAAUAUAUUUAGUAAUGUGCUAGAAAAUAUAUAUAAGAAUACAGCUACUCCUUUAUUAAAUCAUAUAAAGGGUAACAAAACUGAAGAAAGCGAAAAAGGGAAAGCAAAUUUAUUAUACAUAGUGGAAACAAAAAUAGAAAGAAAGGAUGAUGAGGAAGUGAAAUUAAAUGAAGCAGAAAAUGAGAAUGAUCGACAAAGUGGUAAAGAUAAAAAAAUGCCACAUAUAUCGUGUACUGAAAAUUAUGAAAUAUUUGAUAAAAUGGAAAAAGACCGAAAACGAAUAUUUCGAGAAAAAAAAGGGAACAGUAGAAUCACUACAAAUAAAAUAGGUAAUCGUACAUUAUUAAACAACGCAUAUGUAAAUAAUUCUUUGAUAAUAAAUAAUGUAAUAAAUAAAAGUAAAGAAGAUAAGAAUAUAACAGGAGAAGAUGCAAUUUCAAACAAAGAAUUAUAUAGGGUGCCAAAAAAAACAGUAGAAGAUGCAGGUAUGAAUACAUUAGUAGAGGAAAAAAAGCGAAUGCUAUUAAAAAUAAGAAAUAAUAAUUUAAAAUACAAUAGUUUAAAGGAAGAAAAUAUUCGUGAUUUAGUUGAAAUGGGGCUAACUCAUAGCAUAUCUAUGGAUGAUAAAAUCGAUGAUUUAUAUGAUGAUAAUGAUGAUAUAUUUAUAUCUGGAACUGAAGAAUCAUUUUUAAAGAUUGAAGAUAAUGAUAAUAUUGAUUUUGACGAGUUUAAAACGCAUGUUUAUAAAGAAUCUUAUCGAAAAGGCCUACUAAGUGAUAAGGAAGAUGUUAGAAAAUAUUUAAAAAAUAAUUAUGAAGGAUCAAGUUUUAAGAGUGAUAAUAUAUAUAACGAAAACAUUAUAAUGGGAUCUGAUGAAAUAAAAAAUGUAAUUAAGGAUAACUAUAGUAAUAAUAAUGAUAUAUAUGGAAAGAGUAUAAGUGUCGAUAUAGAUUUAAAUAGUGUGUUAAACAGUUUUAAGUUAAAAGAUGAAUUAAAAGAAUAUGAAAAAGAAAUAAUAAACAAUAAGAGUUAUGGAGAUAUUGAUAAUAAAGAAAAUUAUAUUUCAAAAAAUAGUGAAGAUUUUUAUUUUAAUUUUGAAAGGGAAAAUAUGGAACAUAAAAAAAAAAAUAAAAACAAUCAUAAUAGUAGUAAUAAUCAAUAUAAUGAUAUGGGGUUGAGUAAAUUAAAUGAAAAUAAUAGUGAACUGUCUAGUGGUAGUUAUAUACAAAUUAGAAAAUUGAAUACAUAUGGUUCAUUUGGAAGUUAUGCAUUUAAUUUUAAUAAGAAAAGUGAAGAAGAUGAUCCAUAUAUUAAUUAUUCCUUUGAGAAAUUGUUAUGUCAAAAUGGGUCAUAUAAGGAUGGUGAAAGUGAUAAUUAUGGAAUAAAUUUGAAGAAGUAUCAAAGUCAAAAUAUGGGUAAUGAAAGAGAUGAUGCUCUUAGAAAUACUAUAAAUCAAUUAAACAAAUUAAAGAAAACAAUAAAAACUGUUGAAACAAGCAAUUAUUAUAAUACUAAAAUGGAUGAACAAAAUAUGUCUAAUAUAUAUACAGAUGAUUUAAAACAAGAGGAUGAUUUUUCUUCUUAUUCUUAUCUAUCUCCAAGGAAAGUAUUUAAUAAAAGCCGAGGAAAAUAUUAUACAGAUCACUAUUCUCGCUACUACAGGUAA